AUGGAACAAUUAAAUAUUGAUUUUGAAAGUUUUCAUGAAAGGUUACAAAAGCUGCAUUCAGAGUAUUCAAAUUUUGAAAACUCACCAAAUUCGUUAUUGUUCGUAUUAGGAUCAUCAAAUGCUGAAAAUCCUUAUCAAAAAACUACCAUCUUACAUAAUUGGUUGUUGAAUUAUGAAUUUCCAGCUACUUUAAUCGCGUUGUUCCCUAAGAAGAUCGUUAUGAUCACCAGUGCAGCAAAGGCUAAACAUUUGGAAAAAGCAAUAGAUCUUUUCAAAGAUUCAAGUGUUACCUUAGAAAUAUGGGAGAGAAUUAACAAGAAUAUAGAACACAAUAAGAAGUUAUUUGUUGAUUUGAUCGAUCUUGUGAAAGGAUCAGGUAAAGUUGUUGGUAUCCCUGAGAAGGAUUCAUACCAAGGGAAGUUCAUGACUGAAUGGAACCCAAUUUGGGAAGGCGCAGUCAAAGAAAAUGAACUCCAAGUAGUUGACAUCACUUUGGGAUUAUCCAAGAUUUGGGAAGUUAAAGAUAAAAAUGAACAAGCUUUAUUAGCAGUGGCAAGUAAAGGUUCAGACAAAUUUAUGGAUCUUUUAUCUGAUGAAAUGGUUCGUGCUGUAGAUGAGGAAUUGAAAAUUACAAACGCUAAAUUAUCUGAUAAAAUUGAAAACAAGAUCGAUGAUGCCAAAUUCUUGAAGAAGAUAGCUCCUGAUCUAGCAGAAUUAUGCCCCACAUAUCAUAAACUUAAUAUAGAUUUAUUAGAUUGGACAUAUUCCCCAAUCAUUCAAUCUGGUAAAAAAUUCGAUUUAAGAGUUUCUGCUAGAUCAAGUAAUGAUCAACUAUAUGGGAACGGCUGUAUACUUGCAUCAUGUGGUAUCCGUUAUCAUAACUAUUGUUCUAACGUUACAAGAACUUUUCUAAUUGAUCCGUCUGAAGAAAUGACAAAUAAUUAUGAUUUCAUGUUAACUUUACAAAAGGAAAUUGUGUCGAAUCAUUUGAAAAUUGGAAAAAAUCCAAAGGAAAUAUAUGAAUCUGUGCUAGAAUACGUUCAAAAAAAUAAACCUGAAUUGGCAGGCCACAUGACUAAAAAUCUUGGUUCAUUAAUCGGGCUGGAAUUUAGAGAUUCGAAUUUCGUCUUAAAUGUGAAAAAUGAUUAUCGUCCAUUACAAGCUGGUGAUUGUUUCAACAUUUCAUUUGGGUUCAAUAACUUGAAAGAUUCUAAAACUGGUAACAAUUACGCAUUACAAUUAGCCGAUACCAUUCAAUUGCCAUCUGCUGAUUCAGAAUCGCAGGCUCCAAUAUUUUUGACCAAUUGUACCAAGACAAGAUCUCAAAUUUCAUUCUAUUUUAACAACGAAGAUGAGACAUCUCAAGAUAGUAAAGACAAGAAAAAAGCCAAUGCCACUAAGAACGGUCCUUCUUCAUCAAUUAAGGCCGAUCUAAAUUCUAAGAUUUUGAGAACAAAAUUGCGUGGUGAAGCUCGUAGUGAAUCUGAUGAUGCUCAAAAGGAACAAAUUAGAAAGGAAAAUCAAAGAAAGUUACAUGAAAAGUUGGAAAAGGAAGGUCUAUUAAGAUUCAGUGCCGCCGAUGCCAAUGAUACGACUAAUGAACCACGUCAAUAUUUCAAGAAAUACGAAUCCUAUAUCCGUGAAGCUCAAAUCCCAAAUAACGUUCGUGAUUUAAGAAUCCAUGUAGACAGGAAAAGUCAAACAAUUAUCUUACCAAUUUAUGGUAGGCCUGUACCAUUCCAUAUUAAUUCUUACAAGAAUGGGUCGAAGAAUGAAGAAGGUGAAUAUACUUAUUUACGUUUGAAUUUCCAUUCACCAGGUACUGCAGGUGGCCCUUCCAAGAAGGUUACAGAAUUACCAUAUGAUGACUCAGAAGAUAAUCAAUUUAUUCGUUCGAUUACUUUGAGAUCCAAGGACGGUGACAGAAUUAGCGAAGCAUUUAAAGAAAUUGCUGAUUUGAAGAAGGAUGCCAUAAAGAGGGAACAAGAACGUAAAGUAUUAGCUGACGUCGUUCGUCAAGACAAAUUAAUUGAAAAUAAAUCUGGUAGAACUAAAAGACUAGAUCAAAUUUUUGUUAGACCAAGUCCCGAUACUAAGAGAGUUCCAAGUACAGUCUUCAUUCACGAAAAUGGUAUUAGGUAUCAAUCACCUUUAAGGACUGAUAGCAGAAUUGAUAUAUUAUUUUCAAACAUUAAAAAUUUAAUCUUCCAAUCUUGUAAAGGUGAAUUGAUUGUUAUUAUUCAUAUUCAUUUAAAGAAUCCAAUAUUGAUGGGUAAGAAAAAGAUCCAAGAUAUUCAAUUUUACCGUGAAGCAUCUGACAUGGCUGUUGAUGAAACAGGUACUGGUAGACGUGGUCAAAACAAAUUUAGAAGGUAUGGUGAUGAAGAUGAAUUAGAACAAGAACAAGAGGAAAGAAGAAAACGUGCGGCACUAGAUAAAGAAUUCAAAUAUUUCGCAGAUGCUAUUGCCGAGGCAUCCAACGGCCUAUUGACAGUUGAAAGUACGUUUAGAGAUUUAGGUUUCCAAGGUGUUCCAAACAGAUCUGCAGUUUAUUGUAUGCCAACAACUGAUUGUUUAGUCCAAUUGGUCGAACCACCUUUCCUAGUUGUUAACUUAGAAGAAAUAGAAAUUUGUGUCUUGGAAAGAGUGCAAUUCGGUUUGAAAAAUUUCGAUGUCGUCUUCAUAUAUAAAGACUUUAAUAAACCAGUUACACACAUUAAUACGGUCCCAAUAGAGUCUUUAGAUUUCUUAAAACAAUGGCUAACAGAUAUGGAUAUACCAUAUACAGUAUCCACUAUUAAUUUGAACUGGGGUACCAUUAUGAAAUCUUUACAAGAAGAUCCACAUCAAUUUUUCUUGGAUGGUGGUUGGACCUUCUUAGCAACCGGUUCAGACGACGAAGGUUCAGACGAAAGUGAAGAAGAAAUCAGUGAAUACGAAGCUUCAGAAGAAGAUCCAAGUGACGAAAGUGCCAUCUCUGAUGAAGAUGAUUAUUCUGACGCUGAAGAUGAUAUUAGUGACGAUGGUAGUGAAGAUUUUAGUGGCGGAGAAAGUGCAGAGGAAGGUGAAGAUUGGGAUGAAUUAGAGAAAAAGGCGGCUAAGGCUGAUAGAGUCAGUACAUUGAAGGAUUAA